AUGACGAAGGAGUUCGAGAUGACAGAUCUCGGUCUGAUUAGGUACUUUCUUGGUCUGGAGGUCAGACAAGAAAAAUCCGGGAUCUUCGUUUCUCAGGAAGCCUAUGCAAAAGGAAUUUUAGAGAAAUUCAAAAUGAGUGAUUGCAACCCAGUUUCAACCCCUAUGGAACCCGGCGUUAAACUUUCAAGAUAUGAUGGAGGAGAAAAAGUAGAUCCGAGUGUUUAUCGUAGUCUAGUUGGAAGUCUGAGGUACUUGACAUGUACGAGGCCGGAUCUAUGUUUGAGUGUUGGAAUAAUAAGCCGAUUUAUGGAAGAGCCGAAGUAUACUCAUUGGAAGGCGGCAAAGAGAAUUCUAAGAUAUGUAAAAGGAACAAUUUCUCAAGGACUUCUUUACUCGAAGUCGGACAAGUACAAGAUGACAGGCUACUCGGAUAGUGAUUGGUGCGGAGAUGUGGAUGACUUAAAGAGCACGGCUGGCUAUGUAUUUUUUAUGGGGAAUACAGCGUUUACUUGGGUAUCGAAGAAGGAACCCAUUGUAACUCUAUCUACAUGCGAAGCUGAGUACGUAGCUGCUUCGUGGUGCGUGUGCCAUGCAAUUUGGCUGAGAAAUUUAUUGAGCAAGUUGGAGCAAGAGCAAGUCGGUUCAACUGAGAUCCGGGUUGACAACAAAUCAGUGAUCGAGUUAGCAAAGAACCCGGUCAACCAUGAAAGAAGCAAGCAUAUUGAUGUCAGAUUCCAUUUCAUCCGGGAUUAG